GUGGACAUAUUUGGUGGUGGACUGGACUGGACUGGACCAGACAGUCGUUCGGUCGGCUUGCGGCGGCUGAGAGGAGUGGCCGCUGUUGAGGGCUGGGCUGUGGCUGUGGCUGUGGCUGUGGCUCGUCAAUGGCUCCGCAUGGGUACCUGCAUGGGCCUGGCCUUGAGUAUGCGGGGUAUAGGUGGGCACACGGUGGUAGCAGUAACGCCGAUAGGAGCGAGGUCUUGGAUAGUGAAGAACCUGUGUGUGUAUGUGAAAGUUGCGCGCAGUGGCUGA